AUGACAGGCAGAAGCCGAGUAUCAUUGGGCCCAAGAUCAGCCUCAAAACCACAUCCCUCCUGCUUGGUCUUCCAUUCUGCGCAUGAAGCUCUUCUGCACAGCACCAUCCACUCUUACCACGCUGGGCCGGGUCCAAGGGGAAUGGAUGUCCGCAAGGAACCCAGGAUGAUUCUGAUGCUGGCCCUGCUCUUCUUGGGCCCAGGCAGGCGGACCACAGCCACCCCUAAGCCUCAAGAUGUGAAUUGCAUUGUCUUUGAUGACGACUAUAUGACCUGUGAGUGGGACAGCAGCCAGAAACCAGCCACCAGUUACUCCCUGUACUACCGGUACAGAAAAGAUCCCAUGGUGGAGUGUAAGCAUUACCUCCAAAGUGAUGGUGUCAACACAGGAUGCAGGUUCAACAGCAGCCAGAUUAACUUGUUUCAUGCCUUCUAUGUUUAUGUCAACUCAAGCGACAGUGACAGCAGCUUCUUCAAUGAAAGGCCCAUGAGCCUGCAAAACCGAGUGAAACCCAACCCACCUGUUAACCUCACCAUCAAGAAUUUAGGAAACAACCAGCUGCUGGUGUCUUGGGGCUCAACAUACAAACAUGCACACUGUCUGGAGUAUAUGGUGGAGUACAAGAGCGACACAGACACUGAACAGAAGAAUUCACGAACAGAAGAGAUGAAGUUCAUCUUACCCAGUGUGGAUCCAGAGAAACGCUAUACCUUCUAUGUAAAGAGUAAGAUAGCCUCUAAAUGUGGGGACACUGAGCUUUGGAGUUUGCCAGCCGGCCCUGUCUUUUUGGGACCAAAUACCACCACCAAAGGUAUUGUAGACGACGUCAAGUCCCUGUGGUUCUGGACCCAGAAUGUUCUGAUCCCAAUCGGCUCCUUUGUGCUCCUGCUCCUGCUUGUCUUUACCCUGAUGCGUAUGGAGAGGGUAUGGGUGGUCCUGAUGCCCAGAAUCCCCAAUCCCAGCAAGAAAUUUGAAGAGCUCUUCACAGCCCACCAAGGCAACUUCUCAGAAUGGGCUGGGGUCCCCAAGGAUGCUGUGGAGAGUUUCAAGCCCAGCUACCGUGAAAGCAUCUGCCAUGUCACAGAAUUGCUGCCUGGUGGAGGAUAUUUGCCCCUGGGCAAUGACAUCCUGGGCAAGGCUGGGGAAGUACCUGGGGUCACCGUGGACCCUGUCCCCAAGAUCGACGUUGCGUAG